AUGUCAAACCAAUCGGAACUCUUAAGCAAGUUCAUGCGUGUGCAAACUGCCAAAGGCACAGCCGACGAGAAAAAAUUAUGGCUGCUUUCAGAAGCAGGGAAGUCCAUGUGUUUGCACUGCCAGAAAAUCGAUACAAUUUGCGAGUUCAAAAUUUCCCCCAUCCAAUGCCAACAAUGUCGUACGCGAGGAAAAACAUGCAGUAGAACCAUCGCCUUCCAACGGGAUGUUAUUAAGGGAAGGUUGAAGUUAACAGAUGAAGCCUACGAUGCACUACUGGAAGAAUAUUCUCGUGGCCACCAGUCAUCAGGAGGGCAUGUGGAACCGGGUCAAGUGGCUGACGAGGAGGGCAAGUCCAACAUCGAACAGUUACAGUUAACCCCAAGUCCACCACCAGCCCCCAUUACUCGAAAACGCACCAGAACGACCAAUGCCAGGCGACAUGGUACAGACUACACUGCCCCGAUUUCAGCGGAUAAAAUGCACAGGAACAGGAGCAAUGACAGGCCACCUUCCCCUCUGCCAGUAAACGCACCGGCUCAGUUUUCCGUUCCGUAUUCGGUGCCAAACAACAUCCAGGCCAAUUUGGGCCAAUCUUGCGACGAUUACACCUUUGUGGAUGGAGGAUUACCCAAUAGCUCACUAGUUGGUAGGGAUGAAGUUGACCAUUGCUCACAUAGAAGUUAUUCUGUCUCUGUUCCCCAUGAUCAAUCGCACCGCAUGGACCAUAUUGUUCAAUCCACUGGCGAAAAGGGCAGCAACGCCGAACCCGUCAACGACAUCAGUUUCCUGAAAAGGCAAAUCGAGGACAUUUCGACCGAAAUUCAAUACAAACAUACAAGACUUGAUGACGAUAUGUGCAUACGCCUCGACAGCAUUGCAAGUAAAAUGGGAAAACUAGUAAAAAAGUCCAACCAUGACGAAGUUUGA